AUGUCUUUGCCUUUUCCUCCCAGAUUUGUUACCAGCCCAGUGAUUGUCAAUCAGCGACGACCUCAGAGCCAACACAACCAGCAACAAGUACAACAACCCCAACCUCAGUCACAGCAACAGUCUCCAUCAAAUGGAGGCUCUGGCAACAAUCAACAAGGGGGUCCUCCGCCAAUCUUGGGAGCGCCCAACAAGAACUCCAAUGGGAACCCCAACAAAGCCGGACCGCAACUGACGUCCACGCUAACGGCGCCAGGAAACGGGAAUGGAAACGGAUCGCCGUCGAAGUCAGAUCCUCAACUGCCUCCGGGAAUCCUGGGACAGACUCGCCAACAAAAGCAGCAGCAGCAACAGCAGCAGCAGCAACAACAACAACAAAAGCCUCCACCACCUCCGCAAGGCCGCCGAUCCAAACCGCCUCCUUUACACGCACCUCGCAAACCACCCCUUCCCGUUCUGGGGUUGAGACAACGACCGAGCCCCCGAGGAAUUCCACGGCACCAUCAUAGGCCCAAUUUGCCGCUCAACCACCCGGGGAUUCAUCCUUUGAAUGGAGCGUUCAUCGGGGGCAACCAUCCGCGUCAUAAGCAUCAGGACUUCAAUGGGCCCCACAACCAACAGCACAUUCUGUUGCCACCUCCACCUGGGAUAGAUCUGGUGACUGCUCCGUCCAAUGUGGCGCUAUCGUCUUCCAUUGAAACGACCACUAGCGGGUCGUUAGUGUCCAGCUCGGGUUCGGAAACUGAGUCGGAUGACUACGAGGAAACAGUCACAAUCAUUGAUGAACUGAAACGGGACGUGCCGUCGUUGGCACCUCCUACAGACUCUCCUCUUUUGAAAGCGUCGGUCCCAGCUUCCAACACUCCUUAUACAUCGUUCGCAGAGGAUUUCGAAGUGACCAAAGAACCAGGAACAAUCACUUUUGUCAACGACAACCCCUUUGAAGCCCCGCAGAUCGACUUUCCGGAUGUUGCUGGGAACGGAUUGGACUCAGGGUCUGAUGAAGUCCAGCGCAAUUUUUUGGUCAAACCUCGAGGUCAUUCUUCGCCAGUGUUCCUAAAUAAGAUCCCAGUGGCAGCCUUUAAAAGCUCCCUAAAGUCCCAAAAAUCCACCACAAUAGAUCAAACCAAAUCCCAGAAGGAAGAGGAGAAGGAUGAAUUCUACUUUGUCAAUGCUAACGCCAAUCAACACAACCAGAAGACUGCUUAUCCUAGCCACAAGCAACCCAGAUAUAUCAAAGAUUUCCAAACAGCCGAGUCCAAUCAUCAUUAUUCCAACCUUAAUUAUCUUCAUGAGGCAUCCUCGCAUGAGCAUCACGGAGAAGUGGAUGCCAUCGUCGAGGAUGGCCAAAAAAUCGGGGACGAUGAAGACCUAGACGCCCUAGGCUCUAGCCCAUCAAACACCUUAGAUCUGACCGAGAGAGUGGACCAAGUCCGAGAACUCGUGGAUUGCGGGGGAAGUGACUUGGGCUUCUGCGAUAUGUCCUCAGAAUAUCCAGGCCACAUGAUGGGUAAUCUGAUGUCAGAAUGUCAACAACUUGUCUACAGUGGAUUCGUUCCAGUGCCGGAGGACCUCGAGGAAUUGGGGGACAGUAAUCCUGUUGCAAAAUACUCCAAUGCCUCUAAGUCGUCGGUUCGAGCCCAAGCGGGAAGCUGGAGUUGGAAGCCGUACACGUACAAAAAGAAGCAAGUUUGCGACUCCGAGUUGCGCUUCAUUCGCCCGGGUUACGCCAAGGACGCCACGGGUAAAUGGCAGGUGAUUGUUCAAACUGAGGCCUUACCUCAACGAGUCGCCAUUGAUCUUUGCCAUGCCCCCCUCAAACCUUGUCACUUGAUGUCUGAUUGCGGACGAAAAUCUCGGUGUGUGCAACGUUACAACUUCCAGCACCUUUUGGCUGUGGAUCCUGAUAAUCUUCACCAUUGUCCAACUAUUCGAGCUUUUAAGUUCCCGUCGUCAUGCGUUUGCCACAUCGAGCUCUCGGAUUAUCAUGAUGGAUUUUGAUUCUCUUGAAAGAAGACUAUAUCGUCAGCCAAUCACAUUGGUGGCUUUGAAGUAUUUUCGUUUUAGAAAAAUAACACCUCCUUAUAUGUUAUAGAUUCACAAUACCCUGUUUUGCUUGUUUUGCAUGCAAAUAAACUACACUUGAUUGGCGUUUCAUUGCAAGUA